CAAUCACACGCAUUGACUGUCAACAUGCAAGAUGGCCACCCAUCAUCGGCAAAAUGCUGCUGGGCGGAGAAAAGUACAGGUGUCCUAUGUCAUUAGAGAUGAGGUGGAGAAGUACAAUCGGAAUGGGGUGAAUGCGCUACAACUGGACCCUGCGCUCAACAGACUGUUUACGGCUGGGAGGGACUCGAUCAUCCGGAUAUGGAGUGUCAACCAGCACAAACAGGACCCGUACAUUGCCUCUAUGGAGCAUCAUACAGACUGGGUCAACGACAUUGUUCUAUGCUGCAAUGGCAAGACAUUGAUCUCAGCCUCGUCCGACACGACGGUCAAAGUGUGGAACGCGCACAAGGGCUUCUGUAUGUCCACGUUACGGACGCACAAGGACUACGUGAAGGCCCUGGCGUACGCCAAGGACAAGGAGCUGGUGGCGUCCGCCGGCCUCGACCGACAGAUCUUCCUCUGGGACGUGAACACGCUCACGGCGCUCACGGCCUCCAACAACACCGUCACCACCUCGUCACUCAGUGGGAACAAAGACUCCAUCUACAGCCUGGCGAUGAAUCAGAUGGGCACGGUCAUUGUGUCGGGCUCCACGGAAAAGGUGCUAAGAGUCUGGGACCCUCGUACGUGUGCUAAGCUGAUGAAACUGAAGGGCCACACGGACAAUGUGAAAUCACUGUUGUUGAAUCGGGAUGGCACUCAGUGUCUGUCGGGCAGCUCGGACGGGACCAUCCGGCUGUGGUCCCUGGGCCAGCAGCGCUGCAUCGCCACCUACCGGGUCCACGACGAGGGCGUUUGGGCCCUGCAGGUCAACGAGGCCUUCACGCACAUCUACUCGGGCGGCCGUGACAAGAAGAUCUACUGCACCGACCUGCGCAACCCGGACAUCCGCGUGCUCAUCUGCGAGGAGAAGGCGCCCGUGCUCAAGAUGGAGCUGGACAGAUCUGCUGAUCCUCCCCCAGCGAUCUGGGUGUCCACCACCAAGUCCUCUGUGAACAAAUGGUCUCUAAAGGGAAUACAUAACUUCAGGGCCUCUGGAGAGUACGACAACGACUGCACCACCCCGCUAACGCCGCUGUCUACCCAGCCGGAGCAAGUCAUCAAGGGAGGCGCCAGUAUUAUCCAGUGUCACAUUUUGAACGAUAAGAGGCACAUACUCACCAAAGACACCAACAACAACGUGGUAUUCUGGGACGUGCUCAAGGCCUGCAAAGGAGAAGACCUGGGCAAGGUGGAGUUUGAAGAGGAGAUCAAGAAGCGCUUCAAGAUGGUCUACGUGCCAAAUUGGUUCUCUGUGGAUCUUAAGACGGGGAUGCUCACCAUCACGUUGGACGAGAGUGACUGCUUCGCUGCCUGGGUGUCCGCUAAGGACGCAGGGUUCUCAAGCUCUGAUGGAUCCGACCCAAAAUUGAACCUGGGGGGCCUCCUGCUGCAGGCCCUUCUGGAGUUCUGGCCCCGCACCCACAUCAACCCCAUGGAGGAGGAGGACAACGAGGUCAACCACGUGAACGGAGAGCAGGAGAACCGCGUCCAGAAGGGAAACGGCUACUUCCAGGUGCCCCCGCACACGCCCGUCAUCUUCGGAGAGGCAGGGGGGCGGACCCUGUUCAGGCUGCUGUGCAGAGACUCUGGAGGAGAGACGGAGUCCAUGCUGCUCAACGAGACCGUGCCUCAGUGGGUCAUAGACAUCACCGUAGACAAAAAUAUGCCGAAAUUCAACAAAAUCCCCUUCUACCUCCAGCCCCACUCAUCCUCAGGAGCAAAGACGCUGAAGAAGGACCGCCUGUCGGCCAGCGACAUGCUGCAGGUGAGGAAGGUGAUGGAGCAUGUGUACGAGAAGAUCAUCAACCUGGACAACGAGUCGCAGACCACCAGCUCCUCGGCCAACGACAAGCCGGGCGAGCAGGAGAAGGACGAGGACAUGGCCAUGCUGGCCGAGGAGAAGAUAGAGCUCAUGUGCCAGGACCAUGUGCUGGACCCCAACAUGGACCUGCGGACGGUGAAGCAUUUCAUCUGGAAGAGCGGCGGGGACUUAACGCUCCACUACAGGCAGAAGUCCACGUGAAGGCAGAGCGCCAAACCACAAACAAAACGAAAAACAAAACAAACUUGUCGUCAUUUGCCAAUCACCACUCACCCUCUGACAUAUUGUACCUUCAGCCCCAUUGUGUGGUCAAGCGUCGCCGUGUCAACGAGGAACCAAUGAAAUUGAGAGAGGCGGCGGCGCUCCGUUAUGUCGUAGGGAAAUCUCGCCAGAACAAGCCCGAGCAGUCUAGAGG